AUGUCAUUCAGUGCCACCAUCUUGUUCUCGCCUCCCAAUGCCAAAGAGGCCAAGUGCUGCUGUUGCAGCUGCAAGCAGGAGCCAGGGACUCAGGCGACUGCCGCCCCGCCGCCCCCGUCUUCGCCGUGCACCCCCAUUACCGUUACAGGAAGCGGGUUGGCGGUGCAGUCUUCAGAACAGCUCCUGCAUGUCAUCUACCAACGUGUCGAAAAGGCUGUCAGCCUUGCUGAGGUGGCGCUGAGUCUGGCGAAGGCCAACAAUGAAGCCCUGAGGCGACUGGAAGAGGAAAUGGGAGCACUGCGCCGUGGGACACCCGCAGCCCUCAAAGCCAGCCCUCUGUGUGUUCCAGAGGAGCACCAACAGGACAAUGCAGAGGAAGAUGAGGAACAAGAAGCCGAAGGCUUCAGAAAUGGUGUCCAGGUGGUCAUUGAAGAGCUGAGGCAGCUGGGAGCAGCAGCAGGGCCACCUGGGCACUUGGGUUUCUCUCCUGUGCAGCUGGGAGCUGGAGGGCUUGGUGUGGUAGCCGAAGAACCCCCCACAGUAGAUGUCUCCAUGCAGCAGGUCUAUGCCACAGCCUCUUCACCUGCUCCUCAGAUGGCUCAUCAGCCAGUCCUACAGGCCCUGGAUGACCCUCUCUCCUGCCCGGAGGUGUCCCCUAACAGCCCCACCUUGGAGGAUCCCAUUCAUGGGGAGCCACGUUUCUCUUUGGGCUUUGCCAGUCUUCCAUGUAGAAGCCGAAGCAUUGGACAGAAGAAUGCGAGGCGCAAGAGAGACCUGGUGCUCUCAAAACUGGUGCAUAAUGUCCAUAACCACAUCACCAAUGAUAAGAGGUUUGAUGGCUCUGAAAGCAUUAAAUCUUCAUGGAAUAUCUCUGUUGUGAAAUUCUUGCUAGAAAAACUGAAGCAUGAAUUGGUAUCAAAUCACCAUAAUUACACGGACAAAGAGUUAAAAGGUGCCUGUGUGGCCUACUUUCUGACUAAGCGACGUGAGUAUCGUAAUUCUCUCAACCCCUUCAAAGGACUCAAGGAGAAGGAAGAGAAGAAGCUACGCAGCAGACGUUAUCGGCUUUUUGCAAACCGUUCGGGGGUGGCACGUCUGUUAGGCCCUGAAGAGCAGCGUGUGUGGCAAGGUGUGACUGAGGAGCUCAUGUCAGAUGAGGAAGACAGCCUGAGUGAGCCUGGCGUGUGGGUGGCGCGUCCCCCACGAUUCCGUGCUGCUCCCCUCACUCAGCUCUGCUACCGGCUGGACGCCAACUCAAAGCACGGUACCAAAGCCAACCGGGUGUAUGGACAUCCCUCGGAUCGCUUGCCCUCUGCUGAAGCCCAGCUUCUGCCACAGCACCUCUAUAACCCUCUUUUUCAAGAAGAAGAAGCAAGAGCUGGCACCCCCCCUCACCCACCCAGCCACAAAGGUUUUUGUCCCGACCUCAGCACCUUUGUCGAGAUCAAAGUGGAAAAGGAUGAGUGACCUAAGAUGGCUGGCCUUGUUUACUACGGCAGCCAGAAUAACAGGGAAGAGAGAAGACAGGGUCAAAUGAGAUGCUUUCACCUCCGAUUGAGUUCAUUUCCUUCUUCAAGGUUGGGAGGGGAAGCAAAUUGUCAGGUGACUUUUGCCAAGUGACUUUUAUGGGCUUAAACAAGUCUUCACUUCAUCGGAAGCCCCUUUUAGGUCACAGUGGAGAAGAAAUAGUAAUUGUGAUGGACAACGCUGAAAAAGGGAACCCUUUGCAGUUAUAAUGACUGAUCUAUAUUAUUGCAGAGGGAAUUCUCUCCACUCUGAGCUUAGGAUAAGGCAAACUUG